UAUCACUAUUUUAUUCCCCUCUCAAUAUUUCUUCUCCCAAAAAAAUCAAAUAGACUAUAGUAGUAUAGUUAGAUCUUUGAUUUAAUUAUAAUUAAAUUUUAAAUCUGCGUACAUUCUGCUUUUCUCAAUAAUAAACAUCAAUAAUUUUCUUUUCUUCUUUACUCUAAAAAAAAGAAAAAGUCAUAUAUAUGGAUAAUAUCGACUUGCUCAAAUCUUCACCUUGUGAAGAUCAAAUGGAAAUGAUGCUUAUGAUGCAAAUGGAGAAUGAAAUGCCAAUGUUGGACUAUAGUUCGCGACGAAGCAAUAACAGCAACAAUAACAAUAACAAUAAUACUGAUUGUAAUAAUUUCUUUGAAAUUAUCGAUCAUCAUGAUUCAUCAUCUACAUUCUUGAACAAUGUGCCAUCCUCUACUAUUCCAUUCAAUGACUCUAGAUCUCCUCAAAUAGUUCAUCAAGAAUCUACAAUAACCCUCCCUUUCUUGGAAAAUUCAAGUCGUGAUAAUGAAAAAUGGAGUACUUCUGUUAAAGGUGACUAUAAAGAACAAGUAUCCACUGCCUCGCAUUUGAGUACAUUUCCUUCACGUACAUUGAAGCGAAAUUCUAUGGUGGCUAUGAGGGAGAUGAUUUUUAGAAUAGCUGCGAUGCAACCAAUUCAAAUCGAUCCAUCAUCUGUAAAAGCGCCCAAGAGAAGGAACGUGAAGAUAUCAAGCGAUCCUCAAAGCGUGGCGGCGCGCCAUAGGAGAGAAAGGAUAAGUGAAAAGAUAAGGAUACUACAAAGAUUAGUACCAGGUGGAACAAAAAUGGACACUGCAUCAAUGUUAGAUGAAGCAAUUCAUUACAUGAAAUUCUUGAAGAAGCAAGUUCAAUCUCUUGAAAAAGUUGAAAUUAAUAGGCCUAUGUCAAUGUCAUUAAGUGGGAAUUACUUACCUAAUUAUAAUUACCCUUAUCAUCAAAGUGUUCAACCCUAGAUAGAUAGAUAGAUUACAUGUUUAAGUGAAAAAUAUUGAAUAAUGAGUUCUUGUUUUUAGUAUAAAUUCAUGUGGGGUUGUAAAAAUAGAAAGGAAAAUAUCAAAUACACAUAAUAUAGAGAAUCACUUCUUAUGAUAUAUAGUUAAUUAUAAAGUUUAUAUAUACCAUGUAAGUUGUA